AUCACAGUUGCCUACAAAGACACAGCAGCGCCUACAGUCGCCCUUUAUGCAUGUAAUCAAUACCCCUCGCACCUUGCGAAAAUACAAGACAUUCCAGAGAAUUCCGUAACAUUGCCCGACACCAGCGCAUCAGACGGCGCAUCCCAACCAGACAGCUACGAAGCACUACCAAGACGACGGACAUCAGCCGCACACGCGCCGCAUCGACGCGCCGCAGGCCGCAGACCGAAACCACAAGCCCACAAUGACGCUCAAAGACCUGCUAAAAAAGAAAGACAAGGUCAGAGACGAGGGCAACGUGCCAGACAAAGGCCCCACUCUGAGCCCAGACGUGCCAGAGUUCCAGUUCUACCGCACCACCACCACGACGCGCGAAUCCAUCGAGCCUCCCGCCUUCCCCGGCGACCCCACGCGCGCAGCGCAACCGUUCCUCGCGCCCGCGCCAGAACACCGCGGCUUCAAGGGCAGAUUCAGGCGGCACAGCAAUGCCGCGGAGCCCGCGGGCGGCCAGGAGAGCGACAAGGGCGGGCACAAGCUGCACUUUGGGCGCGGCCGCAGCGCAUCCAGCGUCAAUGUGCCCAGCGACCUCCCCGCGGUCGGCGGCGACGGCGUCGCGCGCAACGAGGACGAGGAAGCCAACUGGGAGAAGCGCGCGACGGUGCUGAUAUCCGGCAACACGGUGCUGAAGAGCGGCGGCAACACGCCCACCAUCGAGGUCCAGAAUCCGCUGUCGCCCAGCGCGUCGCCGAGCGGACGAAGUAGACGUACCAGCGUCGGCGCCGCGCCCGACGACGCUGAUAUCCAAGAGGCGAUCCGCCUGCACGAGGCUGGCGACUACGCGGCCAGCACGCAGAUCUUCGGGAGGCUGGCGGACCCCAAUGGCGCGAAUAAUGCGCUGUCUCAGGUGCUCUAUGGUCUUGCCCUGCGGCACGGCUGGGGCUGCGAGCCCAACAUGGAGCAGGCAGUGCGGUACUUGUCUGUGGCAGCGUCGAACAGUGCGGAGGUAGAGAGGCUAGCCCUCCAGGCUGGUAUGAAGAAAGGGGGUGCGGCGAAGGGGGAGUUGGUGAUUGCCAUGUUUGAGUUGGGGAACUGCUUCCGGUAUGCGUGGGGCACGAAGAAGGAUCCUGUCGCGGCGAAGCAGUAUUAUGAGACGGCAGCGAAUCUAGGAGACACGGAUGCGAUGAAUGAGGUUGCGUGGUGCUAUGUCGAGGGCUUUGGGACGAAGAAGGAUAAGUUCAAAGCGGCGCAGUUCCUCCGCCUCGCCGAGUCCAAGGGAAGUAAGACAUUGGGCAACACGUGGAUAUGGAAGGACAAGUACAAUCCGAAAUGAAGUAAGCGAGGCGACAUCUACGUGCCACCGAAAGCGGUCGUACACACGUACUGGCGAGGUAUUGCUGUCAGAUGAGCCCCCGGGCCAGGCCAUCUUCAUUCACGAGUGACGGCGGAGGAAGUACUACGUGCCGCUCGACUCAGUGGCCUACCUAACCCGUCCCAUUUCAUCCCGUCCCAAUUCAUACUCUUACUAUAUCCCAUCCCGUCGUUCAAAUCAAUAAUCUACCA